ACAUGUGCAGCAACAUAAUAUCACCGACUCCACUGAAACAUGAUUGUAAAUAAUAAAGUCUGUUGACAUGGUGUCUGUUUAACGCCGCUGUGGAGAAGUUACCACACAGUAAUGAUCCGUAAAUAAUGUCCGAGGCUGCUUUAGAGGAAGUUUCUGUUUUAUCGUCCAUUUACUGCGGAGGAGGAGAGUUUCAGCUCCUGCAGCAGUCUGCUCAGGAUGGACUCAUGGUCCAAAUCAACAGCACUGUUGGAGGUGAACGAAGACUGGACGUGAGCCUGUUGUUCCAUCUGCACCCCAGCUACCCUUCCUGUCCUCCCGCCAUCUCCGUCUCCUCCACUGUUCUCUCUAGGACUCAGUGUCACAACAUCAGACAGAAGCUGCUGGAUCAAGCUGCAGCUUUACCACCAGAGGAACCAAUGGUUCAUCAGCUGGUGGAGUGGAUGCAGGAGCAGUGUGUGGAGGUGACAGACGGCUGCAGAGGUGCUGAGGAGGAUGUGAAAAAAGAGAGAGAAAAAGAGGAGGAGUGGACGGCAGUGCUGUCGUUGGACCACAUCCGAUCAAGAAAUCGUUACAUCAGUCUGCUGGAGCGCUGGACCCAGCAGCUGCAGCUCACUGGGAGGUUAUUACUGGGAAGGAGUAUACUGGUUAUUCUGCAGGGAGACAGAGCCAACAUCAAGGAGUUUUGUCGCCUUUUAAAGACGGUGAAGGUGGAUGUGGAUUCUUCAGGCAAGAAAUGCAAAGAGAGGAUGAUGAAGGUUCUCAUUGAAAGACCUUGUUCUUCCUCCUGUGGACAUGGUCUCCAGGGUUUUGCAGUGAAGAACUACGAGUCGUUAGCAGAGCUGACCGCAGCCUUCCAGGAAAUUAACAUGGCUGAGAUUUACCAGCAGAUACUGCCAUCAUUAAGUGACUGACAGCACACAGGUUACCACGGUGACCAGUGACUGAACCCAAACUGAGAAGAUCCUCGACAAGAUUCAGACUCAACAAGCACAGUCUGACUGUAGAAGCAGGUGCACACAAGACGAGCCACCUGCCAUGAAUACCAGAUUGAAUGUAAAGCAUCCACCGGAGACCCAACUCCUAAACAACACUAUAACUGUGUGGUAACAGCGGCUCAACAACAGACACAAAAAGACUGAUGGUUGAAACACAAUAAAGUUAUUGCUGAUGUGUA